AACAGAAUUGUUUACCUUUUCCGCGGUAUUAUUUUGCAAACCAGAGAAAAGGUUUCGUGUAAUGCGCUGAUAUUAACCACAUUGUUUGAACUUCAGUUUAAUAAAUGCUCUAACGUACAUUGCUUAAAUCGUAAUCAGCAUUCAAUCAUCUCAUAAUCGGGUUGCGGCACAUAAUACUACAAAGAAAUGAAUUACUACUAUAAGGAAGAUGCCGCACAUCCUAGAAUAGAGUUUGUGAAAGUAGAACCAAACGAUUCUGAACACGAUGUUAUUAGUGAUGAAGAAAUGGAAGAUCCAAAAAUGAUACAACGGAUCAGUAAAUUUGCUCCAAAAGCUCGUACACAACAGAAUCCGAUAAAAAAGAUCACACGUGUACAGUAUUAUAAUAGAAACAAUCGUGGUUUGACGACUAGGAAGUUCAGGGCAACAGCUCCUGCGUACAAUAAUGAUACUGUAAAACGGUCAAAGAAAAUGUCUAUUCCAAUGUCACAAGCGAAAGCUAUUGCUUUAAUUAAAAAAAUUAAAAAGGAGUCUUGUAUCUGGGACAGCACAAGUGAGGAUUACAGAAAUAGAGAAAAUAAAGGCAAAGCCUGGAAUCGUGUUGCUGCUCAUACUGGGUUUCCAGUAGAAAUUGUACGAGCCAAAUGGACUUCAAUUCUUGGGUCUUUUCGAUCAUACAAUUCAAGAUAUAAAAAAGGCCUAUUUCCUGAGGGAAAACCUAGAUGGUAUGCUUUCGAUUUGUUAAACUUUUUGAGCAAUGAAAUAGAGGAGUCUGCAGAAGAAAUGGGUGAUUUUGAGCUUUCUUACGUAUGUGCCGAUGCCAUAAAAGAGGAUUAUGAAGAACCCGAAAUACCUCAAAGAGCAGAAGAACAAAUCAUGCCUCAAUUGCCGCAAAAUAGAAUGGAAUGCCUGAAAGAAGUCUUGUUCCCGGAGGCUGCACCCACUAUUGAGAAUAGAAUUUCGGAAAACAACGUUCCAAACGAACGUUCUGAACCUUCGUGCAACGAAGAAAUACUAAGAAUUGUGCGCUCCAUGUCGAAAGUAUUAAACAAGAUGGCUAACAUUGGAAUGCCGGUUGACUAUGGACGUUACGUUAAUCAGCACCUGAAAGGAUACGACGAUGAAAUUCGACGGAAAACAGUGAAAGGGAUUAUGGAUCUGAUCAUGGCAGCAGAUGAAGAAAUGUCUAGAAAGUAUCACGAUCGUUCGCAAAUAACGGAUGUUAAUACUGCAAAGUCGCAUAAAAAGUACCAUAAUGUGUAAAUGGAAUAUUUCCGUUUUGUUCUAAUAAAUA